AAAUGUUAGAGAUCGAUCAAAACUUUUGGACAACAUAGCCCAGGACACCUUACAAGAAGUUGAAGAUGUUUGUAGUCCAAGUAAUCUUAAGGUAAUUAUACAUUAUACAUAGAUUCAACUGAUUCAUAUCCAAUUCUUUGAGUCCCUUAAUAUUUCACAUACAUGCACGUGAAACAUGGUUGUCAGUGUGAGCAGUUACCUCAUAAUAAAAUCAUUCUGAUUGUUAGAUAAAGUGUUCUAUCAGCCUUACACAUUAUAGAGUGUAGCAAGAGGUUGAAGCCCUGCUAAAAUUCAGGAUGGAUAAAAGUGUUUACAUCCACAGGAUAAAAACAAUGGAAAAAGAAUAUAAAAAUAUGAUAUGUUUAAUAAGGAAAUACAUGUAAAGAUGUGGAUAUAGAUAGGAUGGAUGCCACAAGUAAGACAAUAUAUCUCUCCGAAACAAAUCUAGCCACUCUAAACGUGUUACCUGAAUCCAGGAGUUCUCGCAGAGCAUCAUUCAAACAGAAGAAUUAUAUCAUCCUUUCAGAACAGCUUCAAAAGGCGAAAGCAGCUGUCACCGGUCAUAAAAUAGAUGUACCAGAAGUUGUCCUCUCUGUAGCACUAUAUCAUCCCGUGAAGUUAAGAAAAGUUCAAGAAUUUUUGGUACUUGGAAGACAGACAUUAACUGAUUUACGUGACAAAAUAUAUUGUCCCGCGGAUUCUAUUGUUGUCGGGGAGCACAGCGAGAAUCCCGAUUUUGCAAGAAUCGCUACAGGCAAGGAUAUUUGCCCGUCUGCUUUUAUAUUCAUUGAGAGUGUUUUCUACAAUGACACAAGAAGCGAUUUAUGUCGAGAUUAUAGCAAACUCAUAAUGGAUUGGACUAACAAAAAACACAAUGGCGAGCUACCUCGAUACGGUGUUUGUUCAAGCAAGAAAAUGGAAGAGACAAAGUUUGAGGAUUUAACAAUUAAACUUGGCUAUCCCUAUGUUUUUGUGCACCAGGGUGAUUGUGAGCAUUUGCUAUUGUUUCGUGAUUUAAGAAUGUUACAUGCGGAUGAUCCACAAGAUGUUUGUAACUAUCCAUUUCACAUAUUUCGUCCACGACCAAAGAGACAAAGAUGUAUGAUUUGUUCAAUAUACAGCGCCAGGUGGCUAACGCGAGAUGAUCUAUUAAUGUCGGAAGACCCAAGUUUGUUUUGUGAAAAAUGCUUCAAGGCUUUACACUACAGGGACAAUCAGAAAGCGUAUCCAUUCAGUGCUUAUCAAUACUCUGGCGACUAUUACUGGUAAUCACAGGAAAUGAAUUAAUGAUGCUUUUUCCAAAAAAUCGUCAUCCCCACAAAUUUACUUGUGUGCAAAGCCCGACUGGUUAUGGAUGGAUGAAGGCGUCGACGCUUCAGUUUCAGUGUGAAAGUUGUGUUGUAAAUUGGAGCCCUCAUUCUGCUGCGUUAGGCAACAACCCUCUGCAGUCAAAUGUAAGAUUUGCUGUAUUUUUUUUAUCAAAAACGUCACAAUUUUUCACUCCAAUCGAUACACGCUGCAACAUGGUUUAUAUAAGGCUCUAAAAAGACGAAGACCAUUUUGUUCCAAGUUUCUAUGGAAUGCUGAGUAGUUGCUUCUGCCAUUAAAUCAUACGAUAAGGAUGAAAACUUAUAUCUCAGGUUUUAACGUUUAUAGUUGUUUCCGCAACAACUUGGUCAUAUCUGUGCGCAGAGAGAGAAGAGAGAGAGACUAUAGUAAAU